ACGAAGAUGAAACUCAACGAGCUCCAAGGAAGUGACCGUGAAGAAGACGUUAGUUCUAGUGGAACCAUGAAGCCUAAAGCCACUGAAGGUUCUGACUUCAAAGUUGACAUUCCAACUUUUGAAGGGAAGAACGACCCGGACGAGUUCCUCGAGUGGCUAGAAACAGUGGAACGCGUCUUUGACUUCAAAGAUGUUUCCGAUGAAAAGAAGGUCAAGAUAGUGGCCUUAAAGUUCCAGAAGUAUGCAUCAACUUGGUGGACUAAUACGUGCACCAAGAGGAGAAGAAAUGACAAAGAACAGGGUAAGAAGAAAGGGGUGCCUGUGCCGUUGGAUGAGGUUAUCAUCCACACAAAGACAAAGAAGCACAACGGAAAGACUUGGGUGGAUCCGGGACAUGGUGAGCUACAGGCCAAAUUCUUCGAACUGCGUGAGGAGGCUUGACAGAAUGGGCUUAAAGGCUAGACAGAAUGAGUUUGUAACUGACGAUUCAGGAGGAGAUAAAGAAGUUAUAUGGUG